AUGGAUAAGUUCGUAAUCAGACACAAUUCAAUCUUGCAAGAAAAUGAAAACUCUAGUYAUGUCCAAAGUGGUUCAAGUUCUAGUUAUGAUAUUGGUAAUUACAUUGACCAAAUUGAAGAAAUCGACGAUUUUACAAAACAUGCAAUUCUUGAAAAUCAUUGGAAACCCGGUAAAAAUUACAUAUUUCCUUUUUCUGUUCAUGUAAAGUGUAAAAGAGAGGAGAAGCGACGCCCAAAUUUCAAUCAUCUUUCUGAAUAUCCGUGGUUAAUUGUUUCUGAUGUAAAAAAAGGCUUAUUUUGUAAAUAUUGUGUUAUUUUCAUAUCAAACCAUUUAGUAGGUUUCAAUAAUACAGUGCAUGUUAAAAAGUUAGUAAAAGAGCCCUUAACUAAGUUUUCCAAGUUGUCAGGUAAAGAUGGAAUUCUCGAAUAUCAUGCCCGUACGGACUACCAUAAAUUAGCAUUUCAAAAAUGUAAAGAUUUCCUUAAUGCGUAUAAGAAUCAUUCUCUUGACAUUAUAAAUAUAAUGCAAAAUAAUCGUAAACAACAAAUAUUGGAUAAUAGGGAAAGACUCGUUCCAAUUAUUAAAACUAUAAUUUUUCAUGGUAGACAAAACUACUUUGCAUUAAGGGGACAUAGAGACGACGGGGAUUUGUAUAAAAUAAAUGAAUCUGAUAGCCUUGUAGCAAAUGAUGGAAAUUUUCGGGCAUUAUUACGAUUUCGUAUAGAAAGUGGAGAUACAAUUUUAGAAAAUCAUUUAAAAAUGUCGGGUAAAAAUGCUACUUAUAUAAGUAAAACUUCUGCUAAUGAACUAAUUCAGUGUUGUGGUAAAGAAGUACUUGAUAUAAUAUUAAAAAGAAUUAAACUUGCUAAAUUUUAUUGUGUAAUUUUUGAUGAAACAACAGAUGUUUCACAUACAUCACAACUUAGCCUAUCAAUAAGGUAUAUUUUUGAAAAUAUUGUAAGAGAAGAUUUUGUGGGAUUUGUGGAUUUACAUAAAAGUAAUUAUUCACAAAGUGAUGAAUUCUUAGAUUCUAAAUUAGAUUUUAGUGAAAAUGCAUUAAACACAAAUAUAGUCGAGCCAAUAAUUACAGGUAAAAUUCUUGGUUCUACAGUGGUUAAACAAUUAAAAAAUUUAGGAUUAGAUUUAUUAUUUUGUAUAGGGAUAGGCUGUGACGGAUGUAGUGUGAAUUUGUCUGUGCUGUGUGGUGCUGCAGCCGAAAUUAAAACUGUAGCGAAAAAUGCUUAA